CCUCUCCCCGCCAGCCGGCAAGUGCAGUCCCAUCGGUCUUACUGGGAAUCAAAAUUUCUUGGUUAGAAAAUCAUGGCGUUGGUUUCUGCUAGAGCAAUUUUCAGUCCAGUUCUCCGUCAGACGGUGAAACAAAUCAUUGGCAAUCGUCAACUGACCAAAUACCGACAUGGCCGGCUCUCUGCAAGGCUUUUAUUACCCACAGUAACAGCCCAGCGAUUUUAUGCAGAGAAAAAAGUAUUCCUUAGGGACAAGCCACAUUGCAAUGUUGGAACCAUCGGCCACGUUGAUCAUGGCAAAACAACACUCACCGCAGCCAUCACCAAAGUACUCGCUGAGAAGGAAAUGGCCACAGCAAAGGCGUACAAUGAGAUCGACAAUGCGCCAGAGGAGAAGGCACGUGGAAUUACUAUUAAUGUAGCCCACAUUGAGUACCAAACUGAGACUCGUCAUUAUUCACACACGGAUUGCCCUGGACACGCUGAUUACAUAAAAAAUAUGAUCACUGGAACCUCUCAGAUGGACGGCGCCAUUCUAGUCGUCGCUGCCACUGAUGGUGCCAUGCCACAAACAAGAGAGCACUUGCUUCUCGCUAAACAAAUCGGCAUAAACUACAUUGUCAUUUUUAUCAACAAGGUUGACGUAGCUGAUGAGGAAAUGGUCGAGUUGGUAGAGAUGGAAAUUCGUGAACUCAUGACAGAGAUGGGAUAUGAUGGAGAAAAUGUACCGAUCAUAAAGGGAAGCGCACUCUGCGCUCUUGAAGGAAAAAAACCUGAAAUUGGGUCGGAAUCAAUUUCAAAGCUUCUCGAGGAAGUAGACAAAUACAUUCCUACUCCUGUUCGCGACUUGGAUAAGCCAUUUUUACUUCCAGUCGAACAAACAUAUUCCAUACCUGGCCGAGGGACCGUCGUAACAGGUCGAUUGGAGCGUGGAAUCCUGAAGAAGGGAACUGAGUGUGAGUUGGUUGGUUAUGGUAAAACUCUUAAAACUGUGGUAACAGGAGUAGAAAUGUUCCGACAAAUAUUGGAAGAAGCUCAGGCGGGAGACCAGCUUGGAGCUCUUAUCCGAGGUGUUAAAAGGGACGAUGUUAGAAGAGGCAUGAUACUUGCCAAACCUGGAACAGUAAAGUCGCAGGAUCAGUUCGAGGCUCAAAUUUACGUUCUCAGCAAGGAAGAAGGAGGCAGGGCUAGGCCAGUUCUUAACUAUAUACAAUUACAAAUGUUUUCAAAAACGUGGGAUUGUCCUACCCAAGUGCAAAUAGUUGAGAAGGAUAUGGUCAUGCCAGGAGAGGACACAAAGCUUUUACUGAAACUUUUUAAGCCGAUGGUAUGCGAACAAGGUCAAAGGUUUACGUUACGAGAUGGAAGUUUAACUCUGGGAACGGGUGUCAUUACAAAAAUAUUACCUCCUUUGACUGAAGCCGAACGUUUGGCACUUUCUGAAGGAAAGAAGAACCGUGAGAAGAAAUUAGCGAAAGCGACUCAGUAAUAUCGAUCAUACAUUCACAUUAUUAUUAUUACUUCAAAGACUAGAAGGCAAUCAUAAAGGUGAGGGAGAUAUUGACCUAUCUACCUGUUUCCAUUAUAGUUUGUUACACGUGUUAAUGGUCGGUAUAACGAUUACCCAACAAUCAGUAAUAAAUUUGAUAGAGCAGCAACUGUAGCUGAUUGGUUUUUCUCAAAAGCUCGGUCACGAAUCUUUAAAGCAAAAUUAAUCAAUAAAAGAAUUAUUGACAGUAAUAUGCCUUCUAGUUAUACGUGUUAUGUGCAUUUCACGUUAAGAUUUCGUAUUCUGUCAGCAUAUAUAACUGAUAUAAAAUAAAUUUUGAUUCUCGAGAGUAACAUUUGUACCAUUAAACAGAAUGGUAAGGCAUGACGUGAACUAUACCAUCAAACAUGAAACGAAUGUCUUACUCUAAAGCUCCAGA